AUGGAGGCUGCAGACCUCAUUACCCCUACCAUAAGUGGCCCCGUUAAGCAGAAACUUCAGGCUAACGCUUUUGACGAUGGCUACCUUAUGAUGACCUCCUUGGCCAAUAUCUAUGCCCCGAAAGGUGACGCCGAAUUCAUGCGAUUAACCCGGGAGUAUUACUCGCUUUAA